UAAGCGUGAACAAAACUGCAACUUCAAUAAUCAAUUCCUUUAUGUUUUUAUCAUUUAUUUUUAAUAUAAUGUAAAACAAUUUUAUAAUUUCAAUACGAUGUUCAUACAUCAUAAAAAAAAAAAUACUAAACAACUUCACACCUAACAAUAAUUUAAAACGUAAACAAAAUAAACCAGUCCUUUAGCCGAUCAAGCUUAUCAAAAAUAUUCUGAUACACUGAUAAUGUUACCAAUGAUUCAAAUGAAGUAAUAAGUAUGUACUACUUCAUUUAUUAGUGGGGAAGAUUGCGUAGAUACGAAACACACGAGAAUUGAAAGUGCGUGGUUAAACGUGUUAACAUUUUAUUACCGGCGAAUAAGUUAAUACAACAUUAUGUUACACUGGGUGCAGCAUCGAUGGACCAGCCUUUGGUUGCUUAUAUCGGCAUUGGCAGCAUUAUGUCUAUUUCUAUAUGGUUUUUUCCCUUUGAAAUAUCAUUCUGGCAAACUAGCCUCGAUGGAUGAUCUACCAAAUGUUAUUAAUGGAGUGAGUAUUGAUGGUCAAGAAGUAUAUAAUUCUGGUGAAAAUAGUGUAAUUCUGAUGGUGAUAGAUGGCUUGAGAUACGACUUUGCCACAGAGGAGUAUAUGCCAUUCACUGGCCAGCUGAUAAAAAAUAAAUCAGCAUGUCUUUAUGUGUCCGUCGCUGAACCACCUACAGUUACCAUGCCUCGGAUAAAGUCACCAGACAGAAAGAAGGAAAAGGCACAGUGGAGGCGCACAAUAAACUUCUGGAGGGAUAUCUUUGCAAUGAUGACUGGAAGCGUUUCGACGUUUGCGGACGUAGCGUUAAACUUUGGCGCUCCCGCCGUGGUCGGUGAUAGCGUGUUGCGAGUAGCGGCGGCGAAGGGCCGUCGCACCGUCAUGUACGGAGACGACACGUGGCUCAGACUCUUUCCUGGAUUGUGGACGGAGUCUGAUGGCACCACUUCGUUUUUUGUCACAGAUUAUACAGAAGUAGAUAACAACGUAACGCGCCAUCUUGAUAGAAUUCUAACACCAGAUGAAAAAAAGAAACCUCCGUUUGAUCUGCUCGUCCUCCACUACUUGGGGCUCGAUCACAUCGGACACUUAGAAGGAGCCAGGAGUCCGAAAAUUAAACCUAAACUUUUGGAAAUGGACGACGUAGUCAAGAAAAUAUACAAAGCUAUGCAAACAUGGGAGCGUAAGGGCGUGCUGCUGCUGUGCGGCGACCACGGCAUGCGCGACGCGGGCGGCCACGGCGGCGCCUCGCCCGCCGAGCUGCUCGUGCCGCUCGUCGUGCUCACGAGCGACGGCUUCCGCUGCCCGCACGAGGCGGGCGCGGGCGGCACGGUGGCGCAGACGGACGUGGCGCCGUCGCUGGCGUGGCUGCUGGGCGCGCCGCCGCCGGGCGACAGCGCGGGCCGCGUGCUGGCGGCGCUGCUGCCGCCCGACCCGCGCCAGCACCUCUACCUGCUGCACGUGCUGGCCGAGCGGAACGCGCGCCUCGUGCCCUCCACCGACAAGGAAUUUUACAAACAAUUCGAACGCGCUAAAGUACAAUUCGCCCAUUUCCUGGCCACGGGACAGCAGAGCGCCGCCAAGAUCGCAAAGGAAUUCUACGAAGAAUCCUUGGAGGAAAUGUCUAAGUACCUCACGGAGACGACGACCGACUUCGAUAUGUUUGCUCUCAUCAGCGCUACGUGUAUUUUGUAUCUUCUAGCCGGGGCUCUUCUCUGCAUCACACUCUACUCUCUCCAACCGGAGGCACGAAGAAAAAUAAGCUUACCAAAACUACAUCGAUCCAAGGCCAGUUCAUUGAUCGCAUUCGUCGUUGUGCUCGUCAUUUCCGCAUUUACGCUGAUUACAGCUUGUUUUAUAACGGAAACCAAGAGCCAGUUCUGUUCGUUCAGCCCCCUGUGGAGUAUAGCCUUCAUAGCAGCGGCCGUCACGAUCACAGUGACGUACUUCAUUAUCAAGACGACCAUAGAAAAUACGAAGGAUCUUUCCAUAUUGAGAGAUCUGAACGCGAUCGACUAUUUACUGAUCAUAGGCACGCUGUUCCAUUCUUGGUCGUUCUUCGGCACGAGUUUCAUUGAAGAAGAACACAUGACGUGGUAUUUCUUCUGGAAUACGCUGAUGUUCUUCAUCCUGGUCCGGACGAUCGUUGUCGUGGUGAUGUAUUUCGCGAAACGAUGGUCGGGAGCUACGGAAUUUCAAGAGAAACCGGAUCUUGAGAACCGGAUGAGCUCGGUCGGUGUCAGCAUCGUGCCACAGUGGGUCUUGCUGAUCGCUCUGCAUAGGUAUUUAAGGACAAUGAAUCAAACCGGGGAUCGUUGGUUGUUUCUCCCAGAUACGGCGGACUGGUUGAAUUCACCAGAAAACUCUUUCUAUCUAGAAGCACAUCUUGUUAUAGGAAGUCUCCUAACUCUGGCGAUAUGUCUUUGGAACAUUCGCUUCAUGAAUAAUUAUAUGCAAAUACACUCGGCACUAACCGUUCUGGCAACGGCGUGCACACUCUGCCAUCGGAUCGCUACCAACGCCUUAGUUACGCCCUUCGCUAUCAUAAAGACUUGGGAUCCCGUAUUAAUAGUUAACAUAUUUUGGGGUCUACUCAUAAGCCAAGUUAUAUUCGAACUUCUCACUUAUAUUGGCCUAUUUAAAACAUGCGGCUUCCCACUGAAGGGUGACAAUAAGUUCGCAUAUAACAAGCCCAAAGCGAAGAACGAAGAUUACUUCUACGAUCAAAUGGAAGAGCCUUGGAAUAUAGACGAGGUGAAGCUGAACCUCGCUCGAUCGAUCACUCACAUCAUGUACAAUGAUUUGAUGUUGAUAAUAAUUCUUUUAAUGAAGCCGCAUAAUGUUAUAAUGGUCCCGAGCAUUUAUUUCACCUGCAAGUUGACGUCCAAGUGCUUGGACCACAAACUGUUGGACGCUAGGACGAGGAAGGGUACAGAAAUUCUAGACAUAUUGAGCAAGUCCCUCGUCCAUCUUUGGAUUGGAUUCCUGUUUUACUUUUAUCAGGGCAACUCCAACAGCCUGGCGUCCGUGGAGCUGGGCGCGGGCUACGUGGGGCUGCGCGAGUACAGCGCGGCGCGCGUGGCGGCGCGCGUGGGGCUGCACGCCUACGCCGCGCCCGCGCUGGCCGGCGCGCAGCUCUUCUGCGCCGCCGCCGCGCGCGCGCACCACUGGAAGGGGUAUCUGGAAUCGGUUUGGAGGGUGAUAAACAUUUUCGCCCUGCAGAGGGUGUACCAGCUCGUUAUAUAUUGUCUUAUAGCGAUUAUUUUUAGACAUCAUCUAUUCGUGUGGACAGUUUUUUCACCCAAGUUGCUAUAUGACUUUGUGGCGACGGUGUUUUCGGUGCAGGCUUUGUCGACGAUAUGCGUGAUCGUGCUGUUGACGCAUGCGUCGAGUUGGAUGGCUAAAAAGUUGACGUACAAAUCGACGCUGUGAAGUAAAUUUUAGACAACAUGUACAUUAUUAUAGUACAAUAAUUCGAUUUAAAAAAGUAUUAGAAUCUUAAAUGUACAUAUAUACUAUUCUUUACGAGGCACGGGAACGGCGAAGGGUCUAGAAUAAAAUCGAAUAAAAAAAUCGAUUGAAUAUCUAAUCAAGAUCAUUUAUAGUAAAUAAAAAAUCGAUGUGUAUUUAUAAAAAAAAGAGAGAAUCGAUACAAUUGCAUAAUUUAUUCGCCAUAGCAAGUUUUCGACUUGAUGCCACUCCUUUGAUUUGUUAUUUGCGCAUCUGGAGUAUUUUUUACAUUUGUAAUAAUACUAUUAUACUUCAAAUGUAUUAUUAUGACAAACGUAUAUAGUUCAAAUGUAGUUUUAUGAAUUAUUUAUAAAGUUUUAUUAUAUUGUUUAAACUUUCUCAAGAAGAGACAGAUUUAGCCCAAACAGUGGAACAUUUAGUGGUUGUUACUUUAGUUUUAUCAUAAUUACAUGUAUGACAAUUAUAAUAUGUACUAAUCAUAUAAAAUAUCUUUUUCAAUUGUAAAUAUUUUACAUAUUUUAAAUGCA